UUAAUGGAUCCGCAAAUUGUUCAAAUCAAGGCAACUAACUCGGAGAUUGAGCAAAAAAUCGAUACAUUUAUUGAUCACAAAAAAUCCGAGAUUAAUGAUAGUAAUAGGACAGAAUUUUUGCGAAAAUCGAGUAACCCUGAAGAAAUCAAUCGCAACAUUCAAAUGAAACUUGAUGUUGUAAACAAUGAGGAUGGACCCUUAGCGCGCUCAACGUUUUCAUCAGCACAUCAACGGAAUGAAACAAAUAAGACAUCACCAGCUUGUUUAUCAUCAGGAGUUGAAGAAAGAAUACAGAAUAUCGAAAAACAUUUAAAUGUACAAAUUGUUACACCGGUUCCUCUGGAUGUUUAUGCAAGAAUAAAAAUUUUGGAAGAUAAAAUUAUGCAACUCGAAAGGGAAUAUCCGCCUUGGGCAGCGUUAAAUUUUAAUCAGCCAAAUCGACAA